AAACACUCCAUUCUUCUAUAUAAGGCUACAUAACCACAUAACCAAAUCAUCAAGUCCUCACAUUCUCUAAUACAAAAUAUUGUUUUGAAUUACUCUAAUACUUCUUCUAAACAAAAAUCAUACAAAGGAAUAUCAACAUGGCAUUUGGAUUGACUCGUUUUGUUCAGGGUAAGAAGGCUCUUCGAAGAUCGCUUUCAGGCAUCAAAGAAGCAACUUUGAAGUGUUCAAGCAUUCCAAAAGGCUACUUUGCAGUCUAUGUUGGAGAAGAUCAGAAGAAGCGUCAUGUAGUACCUCUUUCCUACCUAAAUGAGCCUUCAUUUCAAGACUUGCUUAGUAUGGCUGAACAAGAAUUCGGGUAUGAGCAUCCUAUGCGCGGACUCACAAUUCCUUGCACUGAAGACAUCUUCAAUGAUAUCACUUCUCAGUUGAACUGAUAAUUGUAAUUUGUAGCACUGACAUAGAAAUUCACAUAUAACAAAUUUGUAGAUUAUAUACAAUUUCACCCUUUUUCUUGGAAAAGAAAGGGAUUUUUUUUGACUAGUUGAGAAAUUACUGGUCAUUUGAUUAACACUCUUGUUGUCUCUAUGGUUGAAUUCCAUUUUUCUUUUUCUAAUCAAUAUCUUUCUCUUUGUCAAUUUCAAAGCUAUCUGCCCUUUAUUUUUGAAUAACUUAGAAUCAGAAACAUCACUUUCACAUUACUCAUAAAUGUAAAUUUAUAACUGAGAUGAAUAAAGUAUCAUCACUUUGUUAAUACUCAAGUCUCAACCUAGCCUUUCUCAAAGCUUUCAUUCAUUAUUGAUGGAUGUGAUAGUGUGAUCUCUAUAGGUGAUGAGUUUUAUCACAAAGGUUAAGGAUUGGAAAUAUGUUGGUAUGUAAAGAUUGGUCAUGUAGUAAUGAAGCUAUGCAAGAAGGUCAAAUAUUCCCUCUACUCCCAAGAACACAACAAUUUUGUUAACUGUCAAGUAUUUGAGUCGCUUUUAGACUGGGGGGGAUGACACUCAAAUAGGAAGUUUCUCUGUUUAUGUAAGGCCUUACAACAACUUAUUUCCCAUACAUCCCUUGUUUUUAGUUUUCUGUAAAAGACCGAGGUCCUUGCCAGAAAAAGGGCUGCCUACUUCGUUUUCUCGUUUAUCAUGUCUGAUAAGCCUAAGGCUUAUCUUGUGCAGCACAAAAUGAUUAAAUGAAAUACUUAUAGUCUUUUAUGUACAUAGACCGAGUUGUCUUAGUGUUUUAAUUUUAUUAGUCCAAUUGUAAUUCUAGUUGGCCUAAGUCUUUUUAAGACCAAUGUUUAUAAAUAGAGAGGAAGCAACCUCACUUAGAUUAGCUUGGAAUUAGAUAAGAGCAGACUCUUUGUGGAGAGACUAAUCCUCUCAAAAGAUUGGGAAUUUGGAGAGACGAACCUCUUGAAAGCUCCAUAUUGUAACUUCAUGAUUGUUUUUCAGAAUAAAGAUCAUUUGAUAAAUUGUAUUUAUUUUGGGAAAUAGCUGAAAGAUUACUCUAUCAAUGUCCUUUGUUAAAAAAUGGUAUGAUAAAGAAGGAGAAGAGUGGCCUAAGAUUUAAACACAUUGAUACACGCUUCAAUGGAUUCAAGGUAAGUUUUCUUCACUUGUUUUUUUACACAUUUUUUCAUUAUACCAGUUGCUAUUCAGUCAAUGCUAUCUGUAUAUCAAUUGUUUGUUUUAAAACUAAUCCAAAAAUAUACAUUCUAAAUACUAUUUUGCAGAUCAAUAAGAAGGCCAGAGAUUCUAGAUCUUAAUUUAAAGAAUUUAACACAAAUAAAACAAUAUAUUGAAGAAAAGCUUUAGUAUUUUCAUUUGUAUCAUUCUCAAGGACAUUUUCAUUUCAGUCCUCAAGGAAAAAUAUUUACAUGGUAAUGGUAUUGACAUUCUUUACCAUUUACAAAAUUGUAACAAUCAUUUGUGUUAGUAGUUAUCAUCAAUCUAUACUCAUCAUCAGACAUUUAAGCUAGAAACAAGAUUGAUAAAAGCAUCUUCACUGCAGGGAAUUGUUAGAGCUCCCAUUGGAUGAUCGAAUCCGAAUUCUUCUUCAGCUUGACACAGCAAUUCUUGGAAUGAAGAAUGGUUCAAGUAUGAUACGGGGAUCACAAAUCUUGUCAUUUUGUUCUUCCCUACAUAAACUGCCAAAUACCCUUUUGGAACAUCUUUUGCACUUGAAAAAGGCCUCUGAAUAAGUUGCUUGGCUUGAACUACACCGGGAAAACGAAAACCCAUGAUUGCUGAAGUCUCUAAAUGUAGAAGAAGAACUCUCAAAGUACUCAAAAAGAAAACUCUAGUACUUGGAGUUGUGAGGAGUUGAGAU